CUUAAAAAAAAACUUGCACAACGAUGUUAAACUUUGUGCUAUCUUUGUUAAUCAUUACAAGCUUCGUUGACUCAAAUCCAAUGAGUCCCCAAGAUCUUUUAGAAAAAAUUAAACCUAAUUUCGAGAUGGCGGAAAAUGCAACUCAAAAUCAACCUGAAUUGAGUGACGCCCACGAAAUAAUUAACGACCUUUCCAUAUCCAUCGCUUCAAUGUCCGCCGCUGAGAAGAAAUUGAAAACUGAACUUCAAACCCUCCACAGCAACUUAGAUGAGCUCUUAAACGAAGCUAAGAACUCCGAAGAAAAAGCUAAAAAGGCCAUGGUUGAUACCGCGAGAUUAGCCGAUGAACUUCGCGUGGAACAAGAUCACGCCCAAAUCCAAGAAAAACUCCGCAAAGCCCUCGCAAACCAAAUUAUAAAUCUCCAACUUCGUGUGGAAGAAGUCGAGGCUAAAUUGGAGCAAAGGAGACUCGCAAAAUAUAACUAAUUAAUAAUCGAAAUGAUCAUAAUCAUUUCGAUUCAGAUUUAGAAGACAAUCUUUUAUUUAAAAAUCGAACGUUAUGUUAGAGGAUUUCAAUAAUUAAAUAAAAAAGAUUAUGGAAGGA